AUGGCAGCGCAGUCAAACCUGCGCAGAACGGCAGCCGAGGAUGCGCUGGCCGAGUUCCUGGAGAAAUGGACGAGCAUCCUGGGCAGGCGGCUGCGCUCCACGUCGCGAACCACCCGCACCCUCGCCACCCUCUCGCUCGCCAUGUCCAUCAUCCUGGGCGCCGAGGGAGGCAGGCGGUGGUGGAAGAAGAGGCGGCAUGAGCACGAGCAGGGGCGCAAGCUGGUGCGCACCAAUUCGUGGCUGCACAACAAGGACGGCUCGCGAACAAUCUAUGUGCCCUACAAGGAUGGCACUUCCAAGGUCGUCAUCAACACCACGAAGCCGCUGACCUUUGAGGCGCAUAGGCGGCUGUUUCUGAACCCGCCGAGGGUGUCUGGGCUUGGCGAUGGCACUGUCCCGUCCGCGCAGACGAAGCCUGGCUUGAACUUGGCGUUUCUGCAUCAGUUCCUUAGUCUUAUGAGCAUCAUGAUUCCGCGGUGGUCGAGCAAGGAGGCUGGUUUGCUCAUCAGCCAUAGCGUCUUUCUGAUGUUGCGGACAUACUUGUCUCUGGUGGUGGCUCGUCUUGACGGUGAGCUUGUCCGAGACCUUGUUGCCGGCCAUGGAAAGGCCUUCCUCUGGGGCAUAGUAAAGUGGUGUGGGCUGGGCACAUUUGCCUCUUAUACGAAUGCCAUGAUCAAGUUUCUCGAGUCCAAGGUAUCGAUUGCCUUCCGAACACGGCUGACUCGAUAUAUCCACGACAUCUACUUGAACGAGAAUCUCAACUACUACAAGCUGUCUAAUUUAGACGGAGGCGUGGGCCAAGGAGCUGAUCAGUUCAUCACCCAAGAUCUAACGCUGUUUUGCGCCUCGGCCGCCAAUCUCUAUUCCUCUCUUGGCAAGCCAUUUGUCGACAUUUGCGUCUUCAGCUUCCAGCUUUACCGGUCUCUGGGCCCAAUAGCCUGGGUUGGUCUGAUGAGCAACUACUUCCUGACGGCGAGCAUCCUGCGGAAGCUGUCCCCGCCGUUCGGCAAGCUGAAGGCGGUUGAGGGCCGGAAAGAAGGAGACUUCCGUAGUCUGCAUGCCCGCUUGAUUGCCAAUGCCGAAGAAGUAGCCUUCUAUGGCGGUGCGGAGAUGGAGAAGACGUUCCUCAACAAGGAGUACAAGUCGCUCAAGAGCUGGAUGGAGGGCAUCUACAUGCUAAAGAUCCGCUACAAUAUCCUGGAAGACUUUAUCCUCAAGUAUAGCUGGAGUGCUUACGGUUAUCUGCUUGCCUCCUUGCCUGUCUUCCUGCCGGCCUGGGGUGGUGUUGGCGGUGCGGCUGAGAUGAGCGAGGGCAGCGAGAAGGGCAGCAGAGAGCGCAACCGCAUGAAGAGCUUCAUCACGAACAAGCGGCUGAUGCUUUCGCUGGCCGACGCUGGUGGACGCAUGAUGUACUCUAUCAAGGACCUGGCUGAGUUGGCUGGCUACACCAGUCGCGUCUAUACGCUCAUCUCGACUCUUCACCGGGUUCAUGCCAACGCCUACUAUCUUCGAAGCGGGCAGAGCGAGCUCUACUCCUUGUCUGAUGUUCAGGGAACGAUUCAGAAGGGCUUCGACGGUGUUCGCUUUGAGCAGGUGCCGGUCGUUGCCCCUGGUCUCUGGCCCCAGGGUGGAGAAGAGCUGAUAGAGUCUUUGGACAUGAUUGUCCGGAGGGGCGAGCAUCUCUUGAUCUCUGGGCCCAACGGCGUUGGCAAGAGUGCCAUUUCCAGGAUACUGGCUGGCCUUUGGCCCGUCUACCGAGGCCUGGUCAGUCGACCGAAGAACAUUGGCGAAGACGGCAUCAUGUUUCUGCCUCAGCGGCCGUACCUGAGCCCCGGCACCCUUCGAGAUCAGGUCAUUUAUCCGGAUGGCCACCUGGAUAUGCGGGAAAAGCGCAAGUCUGAGCACGACCUGCAGAAGAUACUUGAGGCGGCUCGCCUUGGCUACCUGCCUGAUCGCGAAGGGGGCUGGGACACGCGCAAGGAGUGGAAGGACGUGCUCAGUGGAGGUGAGAAGCAGAGGAUGCAGUUUGCACGUCUCUUGUACCAUGAGCCGCAGUAUGCGAUCAUCGACGAGGGCACGAGUGCUGUCUCGAGUGACGUGGAGGGUUUGUUGUACGAAACCUGCAAGGAAAGGGGCAUCACACUGAUUACCAUUUCGACGCGAGCUUCCCUCAAGAAAUACCACACCUUCAACCUCCAGCUAGGCGUCGGCGACCAGGGCGACGGCUGGGAAUUUGAGCGCAUCGGGACGGAGCGCGAGAAGAUGCAGGUGGAGAAGGAGGUGCAGGAGCUGCGCGAGCGGCUGUCGCAGGUGGACGAGCUGAAGAGGAGGCGGGACGAGAUUGAGAGGGAGCUGGCGGCGGUGUGGACGGACAAGGGCGAGAUGCUGGAGGCGCCGUCUUUUUCGUACACGAGCAGCAGCGGCGUCGAUGUCGAUGUCGAUGGCGUUCAGGAUCAGGAUGAGGCUGUGGAGACGGCCGAGGCGUGA